CAUGAAAUACCAACAAGAGAGGAACUUGAAAUAGAAAUAGAAAGAUGUUUCAGUUGACGGAAGACUCUUUCAAAUGGCAGGGUUCUAGUGGCUAAGAAGAGUUGGAACAGAUCACAGAGUGAACAACGUAACUAUCACAAUUCAAUUCCCAUAUGGGAUUUUCAAACCCAAAUCCCAAUGCCGCUUGGCAAAUCUAAUGCCAAACUCAGACUCAUAGACUCAUCGUAUUCACAUUCUGCUUGCACAACUGAGACUCACAAGGGACUCUUUUAAAGGGUUUCGGAUUCCAGAUUCCCUGAUCUUUGGAACAAAGGUUUUACCAUUGGACCAUUUACUGGGGCUCUGAUUUAUUAGCUUGUCAAUGGAUUCUUGCAUUGCUAAUUUGAAGGCCAAUGAACUCCAAAUCAAUCUCACCAGAAGGGGUGACAGGGGUACAUUGUUUUGGGAUGAAUGCACAAGAGGCAGCUUCAAGAGCAGAGAUUUGAGUGUUUGGAAGAAUCAGAGAACCCGUAACGGAGCGAAAAAGGUCAAGGCUGGAGUUGCCUACUCUGUUCUCACAUCAGAUAUUAACAAAGAGAGUGUGACAUUUCAAGCUCCAAUAUUUGAGACUUCACAAGCAAAUCCAAAAAAUGUUGCUUCAAUCAUAUUGGGUGGGGGUGCCGGCACACGCCUGUUUCCCCUCACUAGCAGAAGAGCCAAACCAGCUGUUCCAAUUGGAGGCUGUUACAGGCUGAUUGAUAUCCCAAUGAGCAACUGCAUCAACAGUGGGAUAAAAAAGAUAUUUAUUCUAACACAAUUCAACUCUUUUUCCUUGAACCGUCACCUCGCUCGAACUUAUAACUUUGGAAAUGGAGUAAGUUUUGGAGAUGGGUUUGUAGAGGUCCUCGCAGCCACUCAAACACCAGGAGAGGCAGGGAAAAAGUGGUUUCAAGGAACGGCUGAUGCUGUGAGGCAAUUUAUAUGGGUCUUUGAGGAUGCCAAGAACAAGAAUGUAGAGAAUGUAUUAAUCUUGUCUGGAGAUCAUCUUUACCGGAUGGACUAUAUGGAUUUUGUGCAGAAGCAUAUUGAUACAAAUGCUGAUAUCACAGUUUCAUGUGUACCCAUGGAUGACAGCCGUGCCUCAGAUUAUGGGCUGAUGAAGAUAGACAACAUCGGACGUAUUAUCCAAUUCGCUGAGAAGCCAAAGGGGAAUGACCUGAAAGCUAUGCAAGUUGACACCUCACUUUUAGGGCUACCUUUGCAAGAUGCCAUGAAAUUCCCUUACAUUGCAUCAAUGGGUGUUUACGUAUUUAAAACAGAAGUUCUGCUAAAGCUUCUUAGAUGGAGCUACCCCUCGUGCAAUGACUUUGGUUCUGAAAUUAUUCCAUCCGCUGUGAAGGAUCACAACGUUCAAGCAUUCUUAUACAAUGACUACUGGGAGGACAUUGGAACAAUAAAGUCUUUUUUUGAUGCCAAUCUGGCCCUUACUGAACAGGACCCAAAAUUUCAAUUUUAUGAUCCGAAGACACCAUUCUUUACGUCUCCAAGAUUCUUGCCUCCCACCAAAGUCGAUAAAUGCCAGAUUGUGGAUGCCAUAAUUUCUCAUGGCUGUUUCCUGCGAGAGUGUAGCGUACAACACUCAAUAGUAGGCAUACGGUCACGAUUAGAAAGUGGUGUUGAACUAAAGGAUACAAUGAUGAUGGGGGCAGACUACUAUCAGACUGAGUUCGAACUCGCAGCUCUACUAGCAGAGGGAAAGGUUCCAAUUGGUGUUGGACAAAAUACCAGAAUCAGGAAUUGCAUAAUUGACAAGAAUGCCAAGAUAGGAAGAGACGUGGUCAUUGCAAAUGCUGAUGGUGUUCAAGAAGCAGACCGGCCAAACGAAGGAUUUUACAUUCGGUCUGGUAUUACCACCAUACUGAAGAAUGCAACAAUUAGAGACGGAAUGAUCAUAUAAACCAUGUGAGGUUCUUAGGAGCUCAUUGAUCAGACUGAGUCGAUGACUGAGGUGGAAAAGCAGGCAGCCAGUUAACAUAUUUUCUGACCCACCUGGGAUAUCGAUAGCAAGUAGUAAUAAUAAUGCAUGUAUAUGUAAAUUACAAGUCCUCCGGCCCCAUAGAGGUUCCUGUAAAUAACUAGAAUAAAAGUGGCAGCCUGCUUUGGUUGGUUUCUUGGAUAUAGUCGAAUAAACGAUUAGCUCUUCAGACAAAGUUACUAAGUUAAAUUUAUCAGAUGAACAUUUUACAUCUUUGAAACAUUUAUAAUAUCUCAGUUCUUAA